AACCGAGAAGAAUGGCGCUUUGCUUUCUCCUCUGGCAGAAACGCUGGAUUUCAUCCCAUUUCUAGGCUGCACGUACUGCAAGCAGCCCUGAUAACAGACAGCCUGCUUCUCCUGCGCGUCAUAUGAUCAGUCUGGAGGAGAGCCAGUUCUUUUUUUUUCUUUUUUUUGGAGAGGAGGACGCGUAUCUCAGUCAACGCGCGGCAGCGGCAGCAGCCAGGGCCCCCUUUAUCUCCACCAGGCAGGGAGGCGUAUCCUUUUCCCCUCUGCACUCCCCUCCACAUACCACUGUGACUCCCUCUCUCUCUCCCUCCCUCCACACUAACUAGACUAACAACCUGCUUCAGACGACGCCCGUGAGAUUUCCGCGGUGCCAAAGUCGCGCGUCGUGCGUCUUUGUCGCUUUCGAGAGGAAGGUCUUCAUCAUUGCGCGCAAGAAGCUGCCCGCGGCAUCACCUCUGCGAUAAUAACAGAAAGGGUGCCAGCCAAAAGAAGAAGGAGAAGAGGAGAGGGAAGAGGAGGAGAGGGAGGAGGAGGAGGAGGAGGAGGAGGAGAGGAAGAGGGGUGUUAGAGUAUUCCCGAAUUGACGCUCAGAAAUAAACAACACCUGGUUUUUGAAGACGUCUGCGGCGGGAAGGAAGCAAAAUCUGCAACUGAGAUGGCUGAGGUGUCACAAGAGGAGAGACUCCAGGCCAUCGCUGAGAAAAGGAAGAAGCAGACAGAGAUCGAAAACAAGCGGAGGCAGCUGGAUGAUGACCGACGGCAACUCCAGCAUCUCAAGUCAAAGGCACUGAGGGAGCGCUGGUUGUUAGAUGGAGCUCCGGCCGAGGAGGAGACCCAGAAGCGUCUGCAGGAGGACGAGGUGAAGACCAAACUUCUGGAGCAGGUCAUCCUCAGGCUGGAGCAAGAGAUUGAAGAGCUGGAGACAGGCGUCCCUGCCAAUAAGGGUGUGGCCAAAGAAAAUGGAGGUGAGAAUGGAGUAGUGCAGACCUCUGGCCAGACCCCUAAGAGAGAGGUGACAGGGAUUGAGGCCAAGCUGCUGGGCCCGAGUCCUGACCAGGCUAGCGCAGACAACCCGGUCACCCUGGUGUUCAUGGGCUACAAGACCGUGGAGCAGGAGCAGGAAACCCGCACGGCCCUGGGGAUGGAAGGGGUGGACGGCAAUGUGAAGGCCGAGUUUGUUGUGAUCGAGGACGGGGAGGGGAAAGCGGGAGGAGAGGCGGCCACGGAGGAGCAGCCUCCACCCAACGGGAGUAUGGCGGAGAAAGAGAAAGCCAACGGAGGUGGGGAGGAGGGAGAGAAAGAAAAGGAGAAGAAACAGACCUGCAAAUGCUGCACGGUCAUGUGAGCUGUGUGUGUUCAUGUGUGUGUGUGUGUGUGCGACUGUAUCUGUGUGUGUGACUGUGUGGGUGAGUACACACUUGCACCUGUGCAGGCAUGUGUGCCAUUGCAUGUGUCUGUAUUUGCAGAUGUGUGUAUCUUUGUGUCUGUGUGGAAAUGCGUGUCAGGACUGGGGGGAAAAAAACAACAAAACAAAAAGCCGAAGUACAAUUACACAGCCAAUACAACAACGAGAGCCAAUACAAGCUCCAGCUACAACAGCAAGAACCACAGAGACUCAUAAGUACACUUUACUCUAUUAUACUUUCUCUGAUAUGUAUUUGACUUUUGAUUUCUAUUGAUAUUUUUCUAUUUUUCUGUCUUGACAUUUAUAUUGUAUUCUGUAUGUAUAUCUUUAUUAUGGGACUGUGUACUGUAAGUUCAUUGUUAUUAUUGUUGGGAAAAAAAGAAAAUGUAUUAGCUCUCUGGAUUGUACUGCGACCCUGUGGAGAAAAUCUGGAAUCUUUAAAAUCGUCUAAGUCAAAAACAGCAAACUAUGAAGAACACAGAUACUUAAAUAUAUAUAUAUAUUUCUCUGUGUAGGCCUACCAACUAUUUAUCGGUCAAUUUCAUAUUGCAAUAUUGUCUAAGAUAUUAUUUUAAAUAGUAUUUUAAUAUAUUGAUAUGAAAUUAUGUUUUAUACAAUGUAUUUAUUGUUUUUGGUUCUCUAUAUCAUCUCCAAACCAUUAACUGCAUGUAAGCUUGUACGCACUACCAGAUUCGCUCAUAACAAAUUGUCUGUGCUUUCUUAGACUCAUAUGUGCUCAUAUCUUUAGUCACACAAGUCUUUCUAUCAGUAACAGUAAAUAUAAUUGGCUGUGUUAGAGAUAUGCAUUUAAAAAAGAAAAGAAAUUCACAGCAAGGAGACACUGAGGCAAAUAGGAUCACUGACCGAACCGCAUUAGCUGGAAACUAGACACCGUAUGUGGCACAUGUACAUGAAGAUCACAGCUUUUCGUAUAGUUCAAAUAUGAUGGAUACACGUUAUGAUCAUUAGACUCAUUAGACCAUUACAUAAAAGUUAGAAAGGCCUACGUAAGUUUUGUUCUCUCAACACUAGAAUCAAUGUAAAUCUUAUGAGGUAGCACUGCAUGGAGCCUUGCAACUUUUUAUCACUUGUUAGGUCUUUAUUAUACGCUCUCACACUCAUAUGAAUGUAAAUCCAGGGGUUAAAUUGGGAAUUAUUCUGCCCUAAUGAGAAGAGGUGGGCUUGCUGAGCUCACAAAUUGAGGAAAAAAAGCUUUUUUGUCUCUUUAUGAACCAAAUAAAAUUUGACGAUACUGUAAUUUCACUGUGUGUUGGUCGGCUGCUGGUUUCUGUCCUCCCAGUUUAACCCCUGACUCUUUGCCUGUAGACCUGGGCCCGAUCGUACUUGAAUAGAGUUGCAGAAAAGAGAUUGGGGGCUUUUGAACAAACUUCUCGCUCGUAUUCUAUUCCCCAAAUCUCUUCAGCCUGAGAACACAAUAUAAAACAUUCAAUUGCGCCCAGGUAACUAAGCUUUUAAGCAUUUUUUCAUAAAUAAGUGAAAGAAACACUGCAUAAUGUAGACGAAAACUCAGCCUAGCCUGUUUAAACUGUGCAGAUAGCUAGUAAGACAAAGCAUGCAUGUACACGAUAGUCCAGAAAGCCUAUUGAAAUACAUUUUGGCCCGAGUCUCCUCAUUUGUUUGGCAGACAGAUGAGGUUAUGGAUGUCUUGAUCAAUGACCACCACUGCUUUUGCUCCCAUCAUCCACCCCUCUGAUUCACCUCCACACCGUCACCAUUAUUUCAUCACUGUUUCAUCGUCAAACCAUCGUCCCACCUUCUAUGCUCGGAGACACGCAGUACAAAAAAAACCUCUGAAGUUGGUGCUAAUCCUGAGUCUCAUCUAAAGCUCUCCAUCCACCAACUACUGUCCAGCUUGUUCCCUCUGUCAAAUCGCUGGUAAAAGGGGGGAUUCUACUGCCUCCUGCAUAUACGUGUUGAAUAAGAGAGUCAACCUUCAGUGCCAGAUGCAUUCUCUCAAGUCCUGCCUACAUUUACCACCAGAGAAAUGAUCCCUUCUUACAUUCCAAAAGGGAGGGCAACAGGCGUGGGCGGAUGAAAUAUAAGUCUAUGCUUUCCAUUAUGUACAGUUCCACUGUAAUUGUACAACUUGCAACUUUGUUUUCUUAUAUUGACUCUCAUGUUCUAUUUUUUUUCUAUGGCCUCUUUGCAAGGCAGUGUAUUGUAUUUGAUGUGUGUAUUUUUAAAGAAAAAAAAAAGAUGACUACAUCUGUGUAUUGUUGGUGCCUUUGUCAGGUUCAUUUGGUUGGACUUGUCUGUCUGCCGCCAUUUUUUUAGACCGAGGUUUUUCUUGCUGUGCUCCCGGUCAUGAUGACCCACUGGAAACACUGCCUUCUACUCUGAAGGGUCGAUACAUGGGUAUAUUACAAGAUUACACUCAUUUUUCACAUGAGAAACAAAUGCAGCCUGGAUGAUAUGCAGACUACUGUUGGUGUCUUCGAAAAAAAACUUUGUAUCCUGUAUUGAAUUUUUUUGAAAGUGUUGAUUUUACUCUGACAGAUUACGUUGUUUUCCUCGUAUCAAAACCAACUCUCACCCAAACUUUUAGCAUUAUGUGGGGAUGCAAACUUCAUACAGAAGACCAACCGACAGCCUAUGUAUAUACAGUAUAUACACAUGUAUAUAUGUGUCUAUAGGCAUCUGUAUACAUAGAAACACAUGUAAAUUUGGUGAGCUACAGCUUUGCUUAAUAGUGGGUCUCUGGGACAGCAGCAGAAAAAACAACCUUGUGUUAGACCAAUGCCUGUUCAUCUAUUCUGUGGUCGUCUAAAUGUUUAAUCUUGAAUAAAACUACUGUUUGUUUACA